ACGUGUUGCAGAUUUUGAGUUGCAACCCAAAGCAUCCUUCUCAACCGCAAAGGCCCCUCAGACAGACUCGGACGCAACCUCUCUCUGGGUGUGCUCGACGCCAGCGGCAAACGGCAACACCAUAACGGCCGAGCGAGAUUGGGACGGGCAUGGACAUCCCGCUGUCGUCGGACGCGCUCGACGUGGCGUUUGCGCCGGCCGAGGACCGCUUCCUGCUCGCGACUGGCCUCAUCUCGGGCAAGGUCCAGCUCGUUGACUACGGCGAGCUGCAGGCCAAGAGGGAGCGAGGGGCACUAAAGAGGUCCGAGGAAGAUGAGCUUGAUGACGACGACGACGACGACGAUGACGUGGAAUCAGAGGCGGGAACGAGACUAGUCGACGAGGACGGAGACGGAGAAGGAGAGGAAAGCGCCGAUGAAGAUGAGCAAGGGGCACGAACAAGCGCACCACGACGAGGCGCGUCGGGCCACACGAAGCUCUGGACCAGUCGGCCGUCGCAAAAGUCGUGCCGGGGCGUCGCCUUUUCGCGCGACAGCAGAGACCUCUGGACGAUUGCCAAGGACGGCUCCAUCGUUUGCCUCGAUGUCGAGCACGGCGGCCAGGCCAAGCUCGAGUGGAAAAAGGCGCAUGCGGCCGCUCCCUCGCGGCUGCUGCCCCUCCACCCCACAACAACAAACGGCCUCGGGAGCAACAACAGCGGCGAGCUGCUGGCGACGGGCGAUGACGAUGGCGUCGUCGCCAUUUGGGACCCCAGGAGACCGUUCAAGGGCCAGGUCGUCUCGGAGCCUGCGUCGCUGGACGCUUCGACGUCGUCGGCUGUCCGCACCUACUCGCACCACUACGACUGGAUCACUGACAUGCUCUGGUGCGAAGGCUGGGUAGACCCGCGGACAAGGAAAAAGAGCCGGGAGGAGGAAGAGGAGGAGAAGCGGAAAAAGGAGAAAAAGAGGCGGAGAAAGGAUAGGAAGAGGGGCCAGCUGGGGAGCCAAGGAAACGAAGAAGACGAGCAGAGGGGAGCGCAGAGACACCGGGAACGACUAGUGGUGACGAGUGGCGACGGAUCGCUGUCGGUGAUUGAUCUGCGGAGCGGCGGCAAGGCUGGCGUCGACGUGAGUGAGGACCAGGAGGACGAGUUGCUGUCGAUUGCCUCUGUCAAGGGGGGGAACAAGCUCGUCGUUGGCACGCAGCUGGGCAUGCUCAGCCUAUGGUCGCCCUCGCGCGGCAUGCUGGACCACGUCGACCGAAUUCCCGGCCACCCUGCGAGCGUCGAUACGCUGUGCACGCUGGACCGUGACACAAUCCUCACGGGCUCCUCGGACGGCCUUGUUCGUGUCGUCCAGAUUCUGCCCCACAAGCUGCUGGGCAUCGUGGCGGACCACGGCGGGAUGCCCGUCGAGCGCAUCGUCCGCAAGGGCAGCUGGCUCGCGAGCAUCGGCCAUGGGCCAGAGGUGAAGCUGACGGACAUCAGCGAGCUCCUCGAGCCUGGAAGCGAGGACGAGGAGGGGGAGGACGACGAUGACAGGGAGGCAUCGGAGGAGGAUGAUGAUGAAGACGAAGAGAGGGACGAUGGAGGAGGGCUGAGAGCUGUGGGCAUGGGCUUGGCAGAGGCGCCCCUCUCGAGGGCAGCAAGGGCUGAAGAGGACAAAGAAGACGAAGAAGAAGAAGAGGAAGAGGAAGAGGAAGAGGAAGAAGGGAGUGAAAGCGAUGCAGAAGAAACGAGGAGCAGCAGCAAAAGGAGCAAGGUCGAGGUGGUGCCGAAGCGGCGAGGGGGAAAUGACUUCUUUGACGAUUUGUAGUAUCUGCUCUUCUCCUCUCUCUUCUCACCAUGAGUGUAUUUUGUAUGCAGUCUACUGUACAGCGAACAAGUCUGUGUCACAGCUC